GCGGGCGGGGAGGGGAAAGCUUUGUUUUGGGGCCCCGGGGGGCGGGGUGGGGCGCGCUAGGGAGCGGGGAUGAGUCUAGUGGGCGGCUUCCCCCACCACCCGGUGGUGCACCAUGAGGGCUACCCCUUCGCCGCUGCCGCUGCCGCCGCCGCCGCCGCCGCCACCCGCUGCGGCCACGAGGAGAACCCCUACUUCCACGGCUGGCUCAUCAGCAGCCACCCGGAGAUGUCCCCCCCCGACUACAGCAUGGCUCUGUCCUACAGCCCCGAGUACGCCAACGGGGCGCCGGGUAUGGACCACUCCCAUUACGGGGGGGUGCCGCCCGGGAGCGGCCCGCCCGGGCUCGGGGGGCCCCGGCCGGUGAAGCGCAGGGGCACGGCGAACCGCAAGGAGCGGCGCAGGACUCAGAGCAUCAACAGCGCCUUCGCGGAGCUGCGGGAGUGCAUCCCCAACGUGCCCGCCGACACCAAGCUCUCCAAGAUCAAAACCCUCCGCCUGGCCACCAGCUACAUCGCCUACCUCAUGGACCUGCUCGCGAAGGACGACCAGAACGGGGAGGCGGAGGCCUUCAAGGCAGAGAUCAAGAAGACAGACGUGAAGGAGGAGAAGAGGAAGAAAGAGCUGAACGAAAUCUUGAAAAGCACAGUUAGCAGCAACGAUAAGAAAACCAAAGGGAGGACUGGCUGGCCGCAGCAUGUCUGGGCUUUGGAGCUCAAGCAGUGAGCACGGCAGGACUGGAGGAGCCGUCCUCUCAGUCUCAGUAGCGAGCUCUCCUCUGAGGACUCUUUGUAUUUGGAAUCAUCCAGUUUAUUUAUGUGCAAUUUCUCCCCCCACCCCCCCAAAAUGUGGAUAUUUGAAGGAGAGGGAAAAAGCAUUCCAUAUAUGAAUAUGAAGAGGAAACUCCAGCUUGGUAAGGGGUAACGUCUCUAAUAGUUUCGUGAAUGUUAUUUGCUCUGUAUAAAACACACGGGGAAAACAGAACCGUAGAAAAGAAAAGAAAAAAAAAAUCCCUCCCUGGCAUUAGUGUGUAUGUGAAGUGUAUCUUUAAUACGUGGCCUUUUGGAUAUAAAUAUUCAUGGGAUUAUAAAGUUAUAUUUCAACAGAAGCAGUUGCACCAAUGUUUCGGUUGACUCGGUAUUUAGUGUUGUAAUUUUGUUGUGGUCGUUCAGUAUUUGAAGAUGUUUUCAGCAGUUAUUGGUUAUGUGCACUUCCGUCCGUAAGGGAAAAAGUGGAAUCUAAUUAAUAUUGAAGGUGUAAACGUUGUAAGUACUCAAUAAACCACUGUGUGUGUUUUUUACAAAAAAAAAAAAAAAAAAAAGGAAAAAAAAAAAAAAAGAAAACCCAAAUCUUUUUAUGUUUUAUACCUCAAAAUGUUUUGAAUAACAGCGUUGUUUAUGGCUUUUUUUCAUAAUAUUUAAAAUAUUCGGAAGUAAACUAAAUUAUAAAGAUG